UCCUUCGGCUUUUUUUGUUAAACCUAUACUCGCUGCAGUGAUACUUUAGUUGAUACCUUUAGAACAUGAAUUCCGCUACAACAGACUUUCGUCGAUAUGUUUGCACCCAGAGCGUUUUUCCGCAACGGAGGCGACAACAAGUGAGUUAGCUAGCUGCUGUCGCCGCUAACGCCGCCGCCGCCGCUGCUGCUGCUCGGUGACAGAUAAACAUUAGACACCGUAGACCACUAAAGCAGAUAAAACACGCAACCGCACUACGGACAGCGAGUGGUGGAAAAAGACACCAGUCUCUGGUACAUAAGCUAAAAUAAGUGAGUUUUUUUUUUCUGUUACAAAGCUACGACCAUGGCCUGUAGUUUCUUCAACACGGAAGAGGCAUCCCCUGCGGCACUGACAGACCUAUGUCUGACCUAUGUGAGCCAAAACUUCGAGUGUUUCUGUGCCAAGCGCCCCGAUGGUUCUCUGUGCUUCAGAGAGGCUGUACACUUCCCACAAGAGCUAGCAGACCAGCUGCUGGCCAAGAUGGCGACUGAAGGUCUAUUGAAUGACAGCACCGUGGGUGUAUUUCGUAACUGUGAAUACCUGCGUCUGAGACGAGCCUGCAUCCGUACAGCACGUAUCUCUGCGGAGGCCUUCCAGAAAGCCAUCUGUCCUCACAGACUGUUGGAGCUGGAUGCUGCUAGAGUCAAUGCAGACCUCACUAUCCAUGAUAUUCUACAGGGACUGGCUACCAAUAAAUACUGCCAGGAGUCCCUUCAGCGUCUGAGCUUAACAGGUCUCACCAUGUUUUCUCUGGAAGAACCAAUCCGGUAUCGCUUCAGCUCCCUCCCGGGCCUCCGCUCACUCUCUCUAGCCAAUGUAGACUUCUAUGACUCUGGGUUAGUGGACGUGUGCUCCCUGCCCCGUCUGGAAAGUCUCGAUAUCUCCAACACCUCGAUCACCAACCUCACCCCUCUGCUGGGCCUGAAGGAGCGUCUGCGCUCACUAACACUACACCAGCUGAAGAGGCUGGAAAUGAGCACGGCUCAGCUGCUGGGAGUCAUACGCCAGUUGGAUGUACUGCAGCACCUGGACAUCAGUGAUGAUAAGCAGUUUACCUCGGAUGUGGCUCGUCAGCUGCUUGGUCAGCCAGGAAUCCUGCCCGCUCUUGUUUCUCUAGACGUGUCAGGGAGGAAACAUGUGACCGAUGCAGCUGUGAAAGCAUUUGUUGAGGAGAGACCAGGUAUGACCUUUAUGGGACUUCUGGCUACAGACGCUGGUUUUUCUGACUUUCUCUCUGGAGAAGGAAAUCUGAAGGUAACUGGUGAAGCCAACGAGACCCAGAUCUGUGAGGCUCUGCGACGCUACAGUGAGAGGGAGGGUUUUGUGAGAGAAGCUCUGUUUCAUCUAUUCAGCCUGACACAUGUCAUGGAGAAACCGCGCCCUGACAUUCUUAAGCUGGUUGUUUUGGGGAUGAAGAAUCAUCCUGCAACUCUGAAUGUCCAACUGGCAGCGAGUGCCUGUGUGUUCAACCUGACAAAACAGGACCUUGCAGCAGGAAUGCCAGUCCGACUCUUGAGUACCGUCACUCAGCUCUUACUGGAGGCCAUGAGGACAUUCCCGAACCACCAACAGCUGCAGAAGAACUGCCUGCUGUCCCUGUGCAGUGAUCGUAUUUUGCAGGAGGUUCCAUUUAACAGGUUUGAAGCUGCCAAACUAGUGAUGCAGUGGCUCUGCAACCAUGAAGACCAGAACAUGCAGAGGAUGGCUGUGGCCAUUAUUUCCAUACUUGCUGCUAAGUUGUCCACUGAACAAACAGCUCAACUGGGAGCAGAAUUGUUCAUCGUGAAGCAAUUGCUCCACAUAGUGCGUCAGAAGGCUACUCAGGGCGUGGUGGAUGCUACCCUCAAAUUUACACUGAGUGCGCUCUGGAACCUUACUGAUGAAUCACCGACCACCUGCCGCCAUUUUAUCGAGAACCAGGGCCUGGACUUGUUUAUUAAAGUUCUAGAGUCCUUCCCCAGUGAGUCUUCUAUCCAGCAGAAGGUUCUGGGCUUGUUGAACAACAUUGCAGAGGUCGGGGAGUUGCACGGGGAGCUGAUGGUGCAGGGGUUCCUGGACCACAUCAGAACUCUGCUGCACAGUCCAGAGGUGGAGGUCAGCUACUUUGCCGCAGGCAUCCUUGCACAUCUGACGUCACGAGGAGAGGAAGCCUGGACGUUGAGCCCUGAGCUACGAUCCUCACUGCUGGAGCAACUGCAUGCUGUCAUCAUGGACUGGCCUGCGCCAGACUGUGAAAUGGUUGCCUACAGGUCUUUUAACCCCUUCUUCCCUCUUCUGGAGUGUUUCCACACACCCGGUGUCCAGCUGUGGGCAGCAUGGGCCAUGCAGCAUGUCUGCAGCAAGAACGCCACUCGUUACUGCAGCAUGUUGUUGGAGGAAGGCGGCCUGCAGCAGCUGGAGCACGUUCACACACACCCACAGACCCACAAAGACGUCAAACUGCUGGCCGAGAACAUCCUGGAGAGCCUGCAGCGCCACAGAGCGCGCACUGGCCAGCCAGCAAACACACAACACACAAGUCGCCGCCCGCCGCCACAAUGACCUCGCCAGGAAAGUGAGUCUCCCUGACCAAGAGAAAGACUUAAGUGUGGACACGCCACUACUAAGGGGGAUUUUGUAUGUGUGCGUGCGUGUCUGUGGUAUGUGUAUCUAAUGCACAAACACACUUUAUCAAGAAUCCCGGACAGAAACGGAGCAAUUCUUUGCACACACACACACACACUAACCUUAUUUAUUUUUUUGUGUUCGUUUCAUAACGAAGAUAUUUCUCUUGUGCGCUCGUUAUCAUGAUGUUCGUACCAAAAACAUGUCAGUGCACACAUACAAAUCUCAGCCGGGGAUUGACAACCUCAGAGGUUCAUCCAAGUGUCAGCGCUCUGUGUUACGGAGGGCUUCGGCCAAUAAGCUCAUUUAAUAUACGCAUGACACUGCUGUGAACUGAAGCAUGCUGGAGUUUGUCUCAAUGCUUGUACUGUUCUUUUAUUCUUCUUUUUUUUUUAAACGCCUGCUUGUUUGUUUGUGCUAAAACCUGCGCCUUUGGGUCUGCAAUACUACAGUUACUAUCCUCUUCAUUUAGUCUGUCAUGAGCUAAGACCUUUGAGUUGAUGUGACAGGACACACUUGUUGAGGGUGUGUCCAAAUAUCCCAGACAGAUGAAAAAAAAAAAACUAAAUCACAGAGAAGUUUAAGAUGCUCUUUCUUUCUUUUUCGAAAACAUCUGUUGCAGUUGAAUCAGCAGCCAAGUCAACGGUGCCGUAACUCAAACAAGCCAAACUAGGAUCCAUGUGAUUAAUUGUAAUUUUAAAGAGCUACAUGUCAGUGAUUUCUGGUUUAAAUGCAAAUGUUCAUUCUGGACUAAAAUGGCAAUAACAGUGUGGUCAGUAAAGUCAUGAUGGAUGUAUAAGUGUGUGUAUAGUCAGUUAGAUGUACCGUUGUCUUUAAGACAGAGGCACUUUUCUGAGCAAGCGUGCGUGUGUGUGUAUGUGUACAGGUAUCAGGAGUGUAUGUAUUUGUACAUAUUAUUAAAAAAAAAUGAGACAGAAAUAGUCGUUGUGCAGGAGUGGAUGCAUGAAAGUUAUACUAUUGUAUGUUGCAUUAUUUGUCUUUUUCAGUUUAUCUGGGUGAAAUACUUAGAGCAAAGGAUGGGAGGAUGAAGAAAAGAUGCUUGUACCCAGGAGUGAGUCGGGGGUAUUAUAGGAAAAAUUAAAGAGUAUUACUCUUUUUAAUGUUUUAUCAGUAUCCUCCAGGAUGCCAUUUAACCUGGUGUAUUUCUGUUCUCCAGAGGAGCCACGAUGUGCCCACACUCAUUAAGGCUCCCGUUUCCAUUCUCUAUGCACACAAAUCUAAGCUAAGCUUUACAAACUGUCAUCAAUGGCACAAUAAAGCAACACUAUGCAACUUUGUUAUGCCUAAAAACAGCUUCAAAAUCAUAUUUAAUGGGUUGCUCAAUUGUAAUUGGGAGAAUUGUGUCCUUUUUAUUUUAGUUGAACCUCCAUGUUUGGACCUGGAAUUAACAUCCAGCCUAAGCUAUGAUUAAACUACAUCCUCACAUACACUCUGUGUACAUCUGACUCCGCCUCCAUGGGUGGCACUGUAUCUCUCUAUAGGCUAGUGUGUAUUGAGUCAGUUUCCUGUUGACCUUUAAAUCACAGAAAAACAAAUGGGUAACAGUAAUUUGGUGAUACAAAUUAGAUCGAGCACGGCUGUUGUUAUUGCUGUGUUGUCCAAAGAAAGACACCGUUGCAGUUUAUACGUCAUCAAUUUCUACAACCGGGGCAAAGACCAGGGAGGACAUUUUGCCAAGUCUGGCUCCAGUACCACUAACCAUGUACAUGCAGGAGUAAUCGGACUAUGAAUCGCAUUAUCUAGGUAUGUUAGUCCGACUAUGACCAGCUCGAUUUUAGUCGGACUAACGUGUUUAUGUGACCGUAAAGAAACCACACAAAUGUCUCAGUCUGGCUAAGCAUGCAUGUAAACGCAUUGAUUGUCAUAUCAUUUUUUUAUCUUUUUAACAAGUGACUAUACAGAUGUGUUCAUUCUCGAUGUGCCUGUCUGUGACAGCUAGAGAGAAGAGUAGCUGACUAAAGGGUGCGUACAAAGACCUGUACUUCACAUUGUUCACAUGUGAUGGGAUCCCUCAGGAGGGAUGUUAACACCAGACUUUGAUGGGGCCAAUGUAAGAUUGGUGAGCAGGUAGAACCAGUGUGUGUGACUUUAAAUGUUGGUGAUUUAAACUGCCAGAAUCAGGCACAGCACGUUAAAGAGUAAUGCUGAACUGAGGUCAGUUAAAAAGGCAUCAAACAUUUAAUAGUCACAACAUGUCCAGAAAAAGUUGCAUAGUGUUGCUUUAAAAAAAAAGAAAAUCAUAAUUUUGAGGGGGGAAAAGUGAAUUGUGGCUUCUGCAGUGACAGGAACCAAAACGUCUAUGAAAAAUGUUUGUGUCAAUGGAAAUAAACUAAAUAUAAUGGACUAAGUGUUAACUUGAAAAUAGCCAUUAGCUGAACACACAUCACCUCAUCUCCACAGUGAAUUAUUGCCUUGUUUUCUGUAAAUGAUUUGUUGUAUGAGCUUGCAAAAUAUUGUGCAGGUCCCAGGCUGCACUUUCAACAUAAACAAAGCAUUUAAAGCUUUAAAAGUUUUGCCGUUUCUUCUGAAAAUGUUGGAUUAUUUGUUGGCCAAGAAUUUCUCCCUUGGGUUUUUUUUUUUUUUUUUUUUCUUAAACACGGACACAAUUCGAGAUGAGAAAUGUAAAAAGGUAACAAUACUAUUUAUCUGCUAUGAUGGUGUCAUGUUGCUGCUGAGAGUCAUGUUUUCAAAAUUGGAAAAAUAAAGAAUGUACAUUCCCAUAAACUGGA